AUGUCCGGUGGUAAAGGUGGUAAAGCUGGUUCAGCUGCUAAAGCUUCUCAAUCUAGAUCUGCUAAGGCUGGUUUGACUUUCCCAGUCGGUAGAGUUCACAGGCUUUUGAGAAGAGGUAACUACGCUCAAAGAGUUGGUUCCGGUGCUCCAGUCUACUUGACUGCCGUCCUAGAAUAUUUGGCUGCUGAAAUUCUGGAAUUGGCUGGUAACGCCGCCAGAGACAACAAGAAGACCAGAAUCAUCCCAAGACAUUUGCAAUUGGCCAUUAGAAAUGAUGACGAAUUGAACAAGUUGCUAGGUAACGUCACCAUCGCCCAAGGUGGUGUCUUGCCAAACAUUCACCAGAACUUGUUGCCAAAGAAGUCUGCCAAACCUGCUAAGGCUUCCCAGGAAUUAUGA